CUUUACUCUGCUACUCUUACACAUUCAAACUCGCUCAGCUGUUCGAUCGAAGAAAGAAAAAGAUUGUAACGGAGAGGUAGUGUGAUUUUUUUAUCUCUUCAAUUGGAGCAGGGAAGAAAAUCUGCACCAUUUGAUUGAAUGGAGCCUCCCCUGCCGGUUUUGCCAACAAAUUACGGAAUCUCAAACGAAUUCUGUUCUACAGGUUGUAAACGGACAAAAUUAUCUAGUGAUUCAAAAGAUUAUGACAGCACCUUCUCUGCUGCAAGUUUUCAAGAUGAUGAUGAAAAGAAGAAACUUAAGGGCUCAGCAAAUGUUAUUGAUUAUAGCGACCCAUUUGCAUAUGCUAAAAUGCUUGAAACUUUUAAUUCUGGUGGUAAAUAUGGAAGUGUUACGAAAGAUUUCGAAGCUCUUAUUACUAGAAAUACACAAUUGGUAAGCAAGCUACUUGAUUUGCAUCCUUCUCUUUCAAGUUUGGUCGCAAAUGUGGAAAAAACUCCAAGGAAAGAGGCUUCAAAGCUGCCAAGCCGACAACUUUCGCAUUUGUCACGGAAUAAUUUUAUCGAUUUGGAGGAUGACUCUGUUGGAAAUGACACCACAACAUCAUCGUCACCGGUAGUGAUUCUGGAUUCAGAUGAUGAAGUCAAUAGAAAUCCAAGGCCUCUACAUCCCGUUCAGGAAAUUGUAUUGAGGAAGCCAUCCGGGAAUUUAAUAUAUAAGGAGAUAAUGGUUGGAGAGCCUAAAUUGUUUCAGGUUGGGGAGUCUAUGGGAACCCGACCUUACAGGAAAGAAAAGAUUAGCCUAACCAGUGAAAUUGAUGUCAAGAAGGAUAAAGGUGUUUAUGUUGGUGUUGAAGAUGAUGUUGAUACUCAAACUGAGAAUGAAGAUGAUGGUUUGGGAGACAUUUGGCAGGAGAUGUCAAUGGCAUUAGAGUUCUCAAAGGAUGCAUUUGAGGACCCUUCCUGUGAACGCAUGUCAGAAGAUGAUGAAGACUGCGAUCAUUCUUUUGUCUUGAAGGAUGAUCUUGGUUAUGUGUGUAGAAUUUGUGGGGUUAUCGAGAGAGGAAUUGAGACUAUAAUUGACAUCCAAUAUAACAAGGCCAAAAAGAGUACACAUAAUUAUUCAUUAGAUGCACGAAAUGGCAAAAAUAGAGAGUCAAUUGAAACAGGAGUUAAAUUUUCUGAAGAUGAUUUAGCAGUAACUGACAUAACUGCUCAUCCAAGGCAUAUGAAGCAAAUGAAACCUCAUCAAGUAGAAGGCUUUAGUUUUCUUCUGAGCAAUUUGGUGGCAGAUAACCCUGGGGGCUGCAUCCUGGCGCAUGCUCCUGGAUCUGGAAAAACAUUCAUGAUAAUAAGCUUCAUGCAAAGUUUCCUAGCCAAAUACCCACAUGCUAAACCGCUAGUUGUGCUUCCAAAGGGCAUCUUGGCUACAUGGAAAAAAGAGUUUGAGACAUGGCAAGUAGAGGAUAUUCCACUGCUCGAUUUUUAUACUGUGAAAGCAGAUAAUAGAUAUCAGCAAUUGGAAGUUUUGAAGAAGUGGGUUGAAUGCAAGAGUAUCCUUUUUCUGGGAUACAAGCAGUUCUCUACCAUAAUUUGUGAAGGUGGAACCAACCAAACUUCUAAAUCUUGCCAAGAGAUACUGCUCAGAGCACCUUCAAUUUUAAUUUUGGAUGAAGGCCACACACCAAGGAAUGAGAACACUGAUGUGUUGCAAUCCCUUGCAAAAGUGCAAACAGCUCGAAAAGUGGUACUUUCAGGGACUCUUUAUCAAAAUCACGUCAAAGAGGUAUUUAACAUAUUGAACCUUGUUCGACCAAAGUUUCUUAGGUUGGAUACUUCAAAAUCAGUAAUUAAGCGGAUAAUGAGCAAGGUGCAUAUAGCUGGAGUGAAGAAGCAGUUAAAAGGUGGAGCUGAUGCAGCUUUUUAUGACUUGGUGGAGCACACACUGCAGAAAGAUGAAAAUUUUGAGAGGAAAGUCUCCGUCAUCCAUGAUCUACGUGAGAUGACCAGCAAAGUCCUUCAUUAUUAUAAAGGUGAUUUCUUGGAUGAGCUUCCUGGACUAGUGGAUUUCACUAUUGUGCUCAGUCUUAGUCCUAGACAGAAGGAUGAAGUCCAUAAGUUAACUAGGUCUGAAAAAAGGAGGUUCAAGAUUUCAUCUGUUGGCAGUGCUGUUUAUCUUCAUCCAAAACUAAAUUCUUUCUCUGAGAAUUCUGAGAUGACAGACGAUAAGAUGGAUGACUUGUUAGACAAAGUAGAUGUCAAAGAGGGAGUCAAAGCAAAAUUUUUUCUGAACAUGUUAAAUUUAUGUGAAUCAGCUGGUGAGAAACUCCUUGUUUUCAGUCAGUAUCUCAUUCCCUUGAAAUUUUUAGAGAGAUUGUCUGUGAAAAUGAAGGGUUGGCAACCAGGAAUUCAGGUUUUCUCAAUCACGGGUGAAUCGAGUUCUGAUCACCGGGAGUGGUCUAUGGAUCGCUUCAACAAUUCUCCUGAUGCAAAAGUUUUCUUUGGAUCUAUUAAGGCAUGUGGAGAGGGAAUUUCUUUGGUUGGGGCAUCCCGAAUUAUCAUCUUGGAUGUCCAUCUUAAUCCGUCUGUGACCCGCCAAGCAAUAGGUCGUGCAUUUCGCCCUGGCCAAAAGAAGAAAGUGUAUGCGUAUAGAUUGAUUGCGGGGGAUUCCCCUGAAGAGGAGGAUCAUAGUACUUGUUUCAAGAAGGAAUUAAUUGCAAAAAUGUGGUUUGAGUGGAACAAGUAUUGUGGCAACCGAGAUUUUGAUAUGGAAACUGUUGAUUUGAAUGAGUGCAAUGAUCUCUUUUUGGAAAGUCAGUUGUUAAGGGAAGAUAUCAGGGAUCUCUACAGAAGGUAGAUGUUGGGACCAUGGGCGGAGGCUGCUAUGGGAACUAGAAGAGUAUUGGGCUGUUUCUUUGUUGUGCACAUGUAAUUUCUCACUUCUUUUUGUAGUCAUUCUGAUAUGUUUCCUGGUUUGUUGUAAACUUUUGAAAGCAAUGUAGUAGCUGGUGGUUGUCAAUUGCUUGCUAUAAAAAUGACCUUUUUGACUGUUGGUGGUGACUUUCCCCUUCCUUGGAUCUGUAAUGUAGGGAGAAAUCAAGUAGACGCUUACUAUUUAGUACAUAGUAGGUGAAGUUUGUCUGCUGGGGUUGGAAUGGGUUUAAGCUGCAAGUCUUCCUGAAUCUGCUCUUACA